AAGGUCCACGAGACUUUGCAGACGAUAUUUGUAGGGGAGCGCGGCGCCGCCCAGUCAGUGUCACACAGAACCAACUACAAGAACAGUGUGAGACAGUCUUCCAUCCAGUAUUGUGUACAGAAAUACAUAUUUAUAACCAUUUACUGAGUCCAGUCAACGUCCUGAAGUGUAUUAUAAAAUGAGGUGUUGGGUAGCCUUAGGCCUAAUGGCCACUGUGGCCUUGUUGGUCACCGCCAAGGAGUCAAAGAAGGAAGACGUAGGGACUGUCAUCGGCAUUGACCUUGGCACCACUUAUUCAUGUGUGGGUGUGUUCAAGAAUGGCAGAGUUGAGAUCAUUGCAAACGACCAGGGUAACAGGAUCACUCCCUCCUACGUGGCAUUCACCGCCGAUGGAGAGCGACUCAUUGGUGACUCUGCCAAGAACCAGCUCACCACCAACCCUGAGAACACCAUCUUUGAUGCCAAGCGGCUCAUCGGUAGGGAAUGGACUGAUAAGUCUGUCCAACAUGACAUUCAGUUCUUCCCCUUCAAGGUCAUCAAGAAGAAUGAAAAGCCCCAUAUCCAGGUCUCCACUUCACAGGGAGAGAAGGUGUUUGCUGCAGAAGAGAUCUCUGCCAUGGUGCUUGGAAAGAUGAAGGAAGUGGCUGAGGCAUAUCUUGGAAAGACUGUCACUCAUGCUGUUGUCACUGUCCCUGCCUACUUCAACGACGCCCAGCGACAGGCAACAAAGGAUGCUGGCACAAUCGCUGGAUUGACAGUCAUGAGGAUCAUCAAUGAACCUACAGCUGCUGCCAUUGCCUAUGGUAUUGACAAGAAGGAAGGCGAGAAGAACAUCCUUGUGUUUGAUCUUGGUGGUGGCACCUUUGAUGUCUCCUUGCUCACUAUUGACUCUGGUGUGUUUGAAGUGGUGGCCACAAAUGGUGACACUCAUCUUGGUGGUGAGGACUUUGACCAGCGUGUCAUGGACCACUUCAUCAAGCUGUACAAGAAAAAGAAGGGCAAGGACAUCAGAAAGGACAACCGUGCUGUUCAGAAGCUCCGUCGUGAAGUUGAGAAGGCAAAGAGGUCCCUGUCUGCCAGCCACCAGGUCAGGAUUGAAAUUGAAUCCUUCUUUGAGGGAGAGGACUUCUCAGAGACACUGACCCGAGCCAAGUUUGAGGAGUUGAAUAUGGAUCUCUUCAGGUCUACAAUGAAGCCAGUGCAGAAGGUGCUUGAGGACUCUGACCUGCAGAAGAAGGAAAUUGAUGAGAUCGUGUUGGUGGGUGGCUCUACUCGUAUUCCCAAGAUCCAGCAGCUGGUAAAGGAAUUCUUCAAUGGCAAGGAGCCAUCCCGAGGUAUCAACCCAGAUGAGGCUGUUGCUUAUGGUGCUGCUGUCCAGGCUGGUGUGCUGUCUGGUGAAGAUGACACCAAUGACCUUGUGCUGCUGGAUGUCAACCCUCUAACUCUUGGUAUCGAGACUGUGGGUGGAGUCAUGACCAAGCUCAUUGCCCGUAACACUGUCAUCCCCACGAAGAAGUCCCAGAUCUUCUCCACUGCCUCUGACAACCAGCACACUGUCACCAUCCAGGUGUUUGAGGGUGAACGACCUAUGACCAAGGACAACCACAUCCUCGGAAAGUUUGACCUAACUGGCAUUCCCCCUGCUCCUCGUGGUGUGCCCCAGAUUGAAGUGACCUUUGAAAUUGAUGCGAAUGGUAUCCUCCAGGUUUCUGCUGAAGACAAGGGCACUGGCAACAAGGAAAAGAUUGUGAUCACCAACGACCAGAACCGCCUUACCCCAGAGGACAUUGAGCGCAUGAUCAAGGAUGCUGAAGUGUUUGCUGAUGAGGACAAGAAGCUAAAGGAGCGUGUAGAGUCCAGGAAUGAGCUUGAGUCCUAUGCCUACAGUCUUAAGAACCAGGUGAACGAUAAGGAAAAGCUCGGGGCCAAGCUUACUGACGAGGAUAAGGAAAAGAUCGAGGAGGCCAUUGAUGAGAAGAUCAAGUGGCUGGAGGACAACCCUGAUUCUGAGGCAGAAGAUUACAAGGCUCAGAAGAAGGAACUGGAGGACAUUGUGCAGCCAAUAAUUGCCAAGCUCUACCAGGGUGCUGGUGGUACUCCUCCAACUGGUGAAGAGGAGUUUGAUAAGGAUGAGUUGUAAAGUUAUUAGUUUAUGAGUAACUUAUUGGUUUUGUGAUGGAAGUACAUUUUUCUCAUGCUCAUCUUUAGGACAUAUUCAGCAGCUGCUCAUCUCAUGGUUGAAUGAAAGAUGUUACACUUUUUAAGUAUGUAUGCACAAGUCCAUUCCAGGUGUGUGAACGGAUGAUCUGUUUAUAAUAAAUGAUGCUAGAAAAAAGGUGUUUCUGUAUAUCCCAGUAGAAAAAAGAUAUUUCCAUAUCACAGUAGUUUCCAAAAGAUUCAUGAAAGCAGAAAAGUUUUAUUAAAACAUAAUUUACAAGGGAUUUCUUAAAUAUAUAUAUGCAGCAUGUGGUUGAAGAAUGGACCUUACUGAUCCAGUAGGCAUGAUGCCUAAAAAUAUACCAAAAUGCUGAAUUAUUAAUACAGUAGUAAUGAACACAGGCACAUUAAUUUUUUCAGUUGAAAUAUUGUGGCACAUCAUGGGAAAUGCAUCUUGGAAAGAAAUCCUAGGAAAAACAUUGUCCUAUAAAAAGUUAUAUUAAAUUGAAAAUUUAUGUAUAGCUCAUUAAGAAAACUCACACCUUGUGGGUUUGAUAUGGCAUUUUUUGUUUUAUACAUUUGGCACCUAUAUAACAAGAAUUUAGAACCAAGUUUAAUUUUAGUCAAUACUUUUAUUCACAUACUUUUUAUUAAAAACAAAAAUUAAAUGUAUUAUACAUACUUUAUCAUCCAUGGAUCUUUCAAAAGCUCCCAGAAGGAUACAUUAACUUGGAUAACUUAGAAAGGCCACUGCAUUAACUGAACUGUACAAUCAAGUUAAGACCCUGAUUUUGUCUCUAAAAGUAGAAAUGCAUCUUAAAUAUUUUAAGACCCUGAUUUUGUCUCUAAAAGUAGAAAUGCAUCUUAAAUAUUUUAAUUUGUGAUCAUUAUUCAAUAUCAGGAUUGCUAAAUGGACCCAAUUCUCAACAGCUAGAAUUAUUUUCAUCUAUAAUAUGCAAACAAAUACUGCAGCCAAGGUUACCCUGCACUACAGGUAACAAAGCACAUGUACAGCUGCUAGCCAAGAAGAACAGUGCAGUCAACUAUUCAUAAUAACAGUAUUAAGUAUAUCAGAAUUUUAUUAAGUAUAUCAGAAUUUUCUUUACAAAAUACUGAUAAAAAUUCAAACUACUUACUUACCUAUACACAGUCUCAGAUAUAUUUACAUGCAUGCAUCAAGAUGUACUUGCUCUGGCCUUUACAAGAUUGUGGAGCUGGUCAGCCUGUUCUAUAGCAUCUGCCAGAGCUUCACAAUGCCUCUCAAGAUUUUUUGGAACUUUCUCAAUUCCAUAAUAAGCACCUGAAACAUUGUUAGAAUUGAGUAGCAGUUAGUGGAACAACAUAAUCAAACAUCCAUCUUAUCCUCACCCCCAACCCACUUCAGCUUUCAAACAUUUCCAAUUCCCAGGUUCUGUUACAGCAUACAGAAUUACACUCCAUGUGCAGGUACACCUUUGGAUUAGUGUCAAUAAAGGAAAAGUUCCCUU